UGCUCGGGCCAAUACGGUCCGCCCCAGACUCAGUGUGAGUAGGUAACAGCAGUAUUUAUCUGUGUUUCGGCAUCUUUUUGAUCAGUGACUGUCAUCCCACGGAAGUCACUGCACAGGAUGGUAUAAUAUAGAUCUUUGUUGUGCUUUAUCAGUCUUAGAUGACUUGUUCACAGAUGCGAAGCAAUAGUCGGUGCGUGGACUAAUUGGCAGCACCCACAACCAACGAAAAGCCGACCGGGAGUCGAAGGAACCUCGGGAACAUCACCGGAGCUUUUUUUCUCAAGACAAACAAGUGCUUUGUAUUCCCUCUAGGGCUCAAGUGUGCAAGGCUGGAUCGAUAGGACUGGAAUGUGGCAGCUUCGCCGGAGAUUAGACUGUCGGACGAGCGAAGCCGAAGCACGGGACCGGGAUCUGGGAGAAGCAAGAUGCUGAACCGCGAUCAGGACGCCUUUAUUAAUUCUCCAGAGACGUGUGGAGUACUUUUAUGAUGGAUGGAUGCACUUUAUUGAUCUUCAAAAUCUUAACACCCAUUCACUGGCAUUAUAAAGCUUGGAAGACCCUGGGAUGACUUAAGAUUGGGCUCACGUGACCAUCCCUGUGGGUACGAUUACAACUCUGACGCCAGAGGAACCUGAAUUCAAUCCAGAAGUCACAAGGUUUCUGUCAUGACAGGUAGAUUGAUGUGGACGCGAGGUGUACCUUGAUAUCCCAGCCCCUCCCCCUUCCCUCAGUCACCCCCCUCCCUACAACCUUGUUCACUCCAUCCAGCACAUUACGGUCACCAUGACGUCCACCUUGCAGACCCUUGCCUUUAAGCUGGCCCCUCCAUCACGAGAAGCUGGACCAGAGCAGUUGGACCCUUGUAAUGACGGAGUGGGGCGACGUUAUGAGGUGGUCCCCUCAGUGGUCUGCUCCAUGUGCUGUCUCUUCGGAAUCAUCUAUUGCUUCUUUGGUUACCGCUGUUUUAAGGCUGUACUCUUCCUCACGGGGCUGAUGUUUGGUUCUGUGAUCAUCUUCCUGCUCUGUUACAAGGAGCGAGUAUUGGACACGCAGCUGAGCGUUGAGGCCAGCGUGGGCAUCGGCCUGGGCAUCGGCACCCUGUGCGGCCUGGUGACCAUGUUGGUACGCAGCGUUGGGCUUUUCAUGGUAGGGCUGCUCCUGGGCCUGCUGGUGGGCAUCGGGACCCUGAUAGGCAUGGAGGAGCUGUCGUCCAACCCCCCGCGGUCAGUGUGGGUGCCCCUGGGUGUGCUGCUGGGACUGGGCAUGCUGUUCGCCGUCCUCACCCUGCAGUGGCAGAGAUGCUUCACCACCCUCUCCACGGCCGUGUUUGGGGCUGCCGUGAUAGUCGUGGCUACGGAUUAUUUCGUAGAGCUCUUCGCGCUGGUGAGGUACAUUUACGAGCGGGUGAAAACAGGCCCCCGGGAGCCGGUGUGCUGGACAACGUGGGUGGUCCUGGGAGCCUGGCCUGCUCUCGCCCUGCUGGGUGUUUUGGUGCAAUGGAGAGUGACGGCAGAGGGCUACUCCCACACGAAGGUGAUGAUCAGUCGCCAGCAGCGGCGAGUUCAGCUUAUGCGUAUACGUCAGAAGGAGGAGAGGAGGGAGAGCAGCAGGAAGAAAAAGAGGAAGCAGCCGCAGAACUCACACCACACACAUGCCGCCAAAGCCCUGCACCCAGAGCCCGCCUACCGCAGGAAACCCAACCCUAUACGACGCUUUGAUGGAGAUGUGCUUUCUCCUAGCUACAUCCAGAGUUUUCGGGACAGACAGGUGGAUGGACGCGCUUAUCCAGUGGGUGGGCUGAUGGCUGCGGGUCACACAAGUGUGGAUAUGGACUAUGACUGUGGAUCCAGGGUCCCCCUCACUUCUGGGGUCGGACCACAUGUUCGGGUCUGACCACACUCCCUUCUUCACAAAACACAUACGCACACACACACACACUCUCAAAUCCGGUGCUGACCUGACCCUGGGUCCCGCACGCACAGAGGCUUGGGUCUCCUCACCAUUCGAAAACUGAACAUGAAAGCACUUCUAACUAUAAUACUGGGUGCGAGACCAUGGUUGUAUUAAAGAGCUGCUUUCACAAACAAUUUUCACUAACACACUUUACCUGAACAUGUGCCUGAGACGUGGCAUUCUGUUCACCUAAUACGCAAACCAUCAUGAGGUGGUCAAAAAAAAAAAAAAAAUCUGGGCUCCAUCAAAUUAUUUUCUAAAUCGUCUGUGGUGAAUUAAUGUGUUGCCUGUUCAUCAAUGUUUCAUGAUAUUGCGUUACUGUUUGUGACAAAGUCAUCAGUUGGUGCUGAAUCUUGUCUUUGUACUACAACGCUGACUCCCAUUUCAAAGUCAGCCGUUCCUCCUCUCAUAGUAAAGUCUGUGGUUUCCACCAGUCAGCGUUUGUACUGUGAGAUCCCGCAUUCCGGCCCAGGACUGUACCAAAUACCGCCAAGCAGGGGUGCCUUCGAGACACCACUAAGAAACUCUCUCAGGAGAUUCUAACUCCUUAGCCUUGUUCCAGAAAGGCUGUAGGGCAAAGAGCCAUAUUACUGCUGAUCAGAGCCACCUGGUCCACUCUGGGAUGCAGAGCUGAACGCUUGGUGAUUAAAAGAACGAGGACAAGAUGGAGGAAAAGACUGAAGAUGAUACUCAGGGACAGCGUGAAUGAUUUGGAAUACUGGGGGAAGAACUAUAAAGUACAUGGACUUUGAAUAUGAUGCAAGAACUGUAGAUUUGUCCCCUCAGAGACGAGCGCAACGGAUGUCACCAUGAGCGUUUAGUUACUGCUGUGUAUAAAACUAGUUUGCAGUUUAGGGUGUCCAGGAGGACGUGGUGGUUGAGGAGCAAACUUACUUCCUUAAAAGACCCCCAUAAUCCUUUGGGGCAAACUGCAUGACACAAACACCCCCAUUUUCCUUUCCACAAUGCGUUUUCAGGCCCUUUUUCAUACAGACAAUUGAGCAGUUUCUGCCAUGGUGUCUCUCUUUUUUUUUUUUUUAUU